AUGGCUCAGGCUCUGCGCGCAUCUCGUCAGAGCGCCGACGACGUGGCGGUUGGCUUCUAUGAAUUUCGAGCUCCUCUCCCAGAACAUGUGGGCGAGAUCACAUCGCUCACGUCCGAGUUAUACGCAAUCAGCGCAUUAUUAUCCAGCUUAGAACAUCUAGCCGAUGAUCCACGAAAUCGCCGUUGCUUAAAUAUGAUCAAGCCCGAUCUGAACGUGGUGCAAGCCAGUUACACCUAUACAAUCGAGGACAUCGGCGAUAUUUUCAGAGAGCUCGAUGGCCCAGAUGCUAGUCCAGCCAGGUACAAGCGAACAUGGCUAAAUAUGGGCCGGUUCUUUUGGGAUCAAUCGAAAUAUACCCUACACACCCGUCUAACCAAGUAUAAGAUGGCCUUUAAAGAGUUCAACGACUUGGUAAGAGAUGGCCAAUAUACUUCCCCGCUCCUGGCGGGCCUCGUCAAUGGAUUCAAGAUUCUACUCUCUAUACAAGAUAGCCGGUUUGCGGCUCGCUUUGAGGGUAUGACUAUCCGCCCAAAUGACUCGCCUAUCGACAACCGCUCGAGUUCCCGACCCCGUCCCCGUCCCCGUCCCACCACCCCGGUCAGGGACCGUCCGGCUAGGGAACGCCCGGCGAGGGACUACCCACCGAGGGAACACCCGGUGAGGGACUACCCAGUGAGAGACCACCCGGUAAGAAACAACGCGGCGAGUGACCGGAAUGCACGGCGGCGGAGGUCAUACGAGCGCACUCGACCGCCGCAUCUGUCUCCACCGAUGUCGCCUUCUUCCGGCACUUCUUCGGAUUUCCCGCCGUCUGUACCGGAUAUCCCUACCUCGCCGCAUACUUCUACUACUAGCCGCUCGAGUGCCCCUGAUGUUAUCAAAGAACACUGGGCCAAGGAAACAUUCGGGUCUAGUGGCACCAGCACUCCUCUACCCUCUGUGAGAGAAAGGUCAUACUGCCGCGGGGAACCACAGCCAGGCGUUAAACAAUGGAUUAAAGAGGAGGGCUUCGAAGAGCUCCUCCAAUUAUCCCUGAACGACGAGUCGGACAUGCGCGUGUCCUUCUACCUAAGGAGACCAGACCACCGCGUCCGCAUCCUUUGCAGGGUACCCCACCGCACAGGGCCUAGUGACUACUACUGCUUACCGCUUAAUUUACUCGAAGUGUUGCGAGAUGGCUCUUGUCUCCGACUGUGCAGACGGCGGAAGCGCGGGACAGAGCUUGUUCUAUGGACGCAAUUGAAAUUCACCACAUUGGAAGAUCUGGUGUUAUUCCAUAACACAUUCCUUGCCUUGCGCUCCCAGGAUGCAGGCCACGCCAUCGGAGAUAUCUUAGACCACGAGCUGGACCAUGAAGAUGAAGUUUAUGGCGGUAAAAUCACCGACGAUCAGUACGUGCAUGCCCUGCGCGUAUACAAAGACUCGGUGACUGGAGCCGUAAGACUCCAGGCAUCGGUCUACCGAGGCGAGAUGAACCACACACCCGUCUGGACUGCUUUCGUCACCCACAACCUCGGGAAACGCAGUUGGCUUAGGUCAUAUGAUUCCCGAACGGUGAUUGUGCGUGAUAUCAAGCCCGUGAUAUUUAUGUCUAUGGAUGAUUAUACACCCCCACAGACCUCACAGGGACACCAUGUCCUGGAGUUCACAAGCUCUUCUGAUGCUAGGGUGUUCCUGGAUAUUAUGGAUGAACUGGGCGAUUAA